UUUUCCUUUUCCACCGGUUCUACUUCUGCUGCACAAAACCCCGAGCAAAAAAAAAAAAAAAAAAGAAGGAAGCUCGAGAUCAGAAAAUAAAAAUAGUAAUGGGCGCCUCUGAAUCUCUACUGCUCAACAAACGACAGCAACAGCAUCAUCAAGAUCAGCAGCAGCAGCGGAUUCCGAUCGUCGAUGAGAUCACCACCGUCUCCGAGAAGGUCGACGGCGUGGAUCCAAUCCUCCUGCGCAUCCAAGCCCUAAAAUUAACGGAACCGAUACUGAAAUCGCCGCCUCAAACUGAGGGCAGCUUGAGUGAUAUCUUAGUUGCCAGAAAGCCCUCGUCUUCAUCCUCUGCUCCUUCAGUUUCAGGUACUUUGAAUCCCAAUGUUCUACUAGAACUCUUCUCUAUGUAUCGUGAAUGGCAGGAAGAGAAGGCCAAAAAGAUUAGUCAGAAACAGGAGGAGAUCGAAAUGAAGAUUGAAACAGCGGAUGCCUUGGCUGUCAAACUUCUCCAGAGAUUCAAUUAUUCAGUCUCGUCUAUGAGGACAACUGCACACAGCUUUGCCGAAGCUCAGCCUUUACAGGUCGAGGUGGGCGAACUCAAAGGCAGGCUUACAGAGGUGAUAAGCAACUGUGAUGCAUUAUGCAAGCGAAUCGCUGCAGAAGGGCCAGAAACACUUCGAUCAUCGGUCAAGCCAUUUUCUUCCAGCAACAUACAGGCAGAAGAUGUAUGAUAUACUUCGAGCCUUCCAAGUGUAUUUGUAAUAAGUAGAAGAAGGCAUCUGAAGGUGGUGAGACUUCAUAGUUGGGCACCAGGAGUGAAUCUGGUACUACUACAUGGAGUACACAUGUUGAGGUAAAAUCUGCAUCUCUUUUGCUUCAGAAACCGCAGAAACAUUUGCAAUGAAGCCAUUCCCACGCAGCGGAUGUUGUCCUGAAGAAAAUGUCAUUGUUUUUGUUGUGAUGCUGUAUAAAUACCAUUAAAAGGGAAAAAGAAUGAAAACAAAAAAAAAAGGUUACAGUUGAUGACCGGACAAAUCCUGAAUUUGUGAAGUUACAACUCGUGAUUGGAGUCAUUCAAUAUUGAAAGUUAAAUAUGUAUUAAAUCUGA